CUUCUAUGCACUCUUCUAGUAGUGUGCAUAAGAUGCAUUUAAAUAAAAUUAUACGAUUCGAAAUGUGUAAGUAUGCGGAAAGCUGCUGUGCUUAGCGGCUCGUGUCGCGUCAUAAAAUAGUUUUGAGCGUCAAUAUGUCAAACGAUAUAACGCCGAGAACUUUAUAUGUUGGCAACUUGGAUCGUGCAGUGUCAGAGACUUUAUUAUCUGCUCUAUUCUCGCACAUCGGCACCGUCAAUAAUUGCAAGAUCAUCAGAGAGCCUGGAAACGAUCCCUACGCAUUUGUGGAGUACGAAGAUCACACAGCAGCUUCCGCGGCGUUGACAACCCUUAAUCAGCGACUUUUUCUAGAGAAGGUAUAUACGUGAUUCCUUCCACGACGAUAACCGCCAGCAAUUUUUAAUUAACACGUGCGACAAAGGGAGCCAAAUGACCAGUACUGAUCGAUUCAUCGGCACUCUAACCACAUGCCUUUGAAUAUAUUCUU